AUGGGCAUCAAAGGACUUCAUGGGCUGCUCAAGUCCAUACAGAAGCCUUGUCAUAUCAAAAACCUUAGCGGCCAGACUCUCGGAGUGGACGCUUAUGGAUGGCUUCAUCGUGGCACAGUAGCUUGCUCGGUGGACUUGGUCCUGGAGAGACCGACCCGAAAGCAUCUUGACUUCGUCUUGAAUCGAGUUCGCAUGCUUCUUUUCUUCGGUGUUAUUCCAUAUCUUGUUUUCGAUGGCGACAACCUUCCUAGUAAGGCUGGAACUGAGCACGACCGACAUCAGCGUCGCCAGGAAAGCAAAGCCCUCGGUCUGGAGCUGCAACGCAAGGGCCGAUUGCCAGAAGCCUACCAGGAGUUCCAGAAAGCCGUCGACGUUACACCCUACAUGGCUCGCCAGUUGAUCGAGGAGUUGAAACAGCUGAACGUCCAAUACGUUGUGGCUCCGUAUGAGGCCGAUGCCCAGUUGGUCUACUUGGAACAGAAAGGUGUGAUCGACGGUAUCAUUUCUGAAGAUUCGGAUUUGCUGGUCUUUGGUGCGAAGAGACUUCUGUCCAAACUGGACCAACAUGGCGAAUGCACUGAAAUCAAUCGAGCGGAUUUCACAGCUUGUCGUGAAGUCAGUCUUGUUGGUUGGAGCGAUGCUGAUUUUCGACGAAUGUGCAUUCUUAGCGGGUGUGAUUAUCUGGCAAAUAUCCCGAAGAUAGGCCUGAAAACUGCUUACCGCAGCAUCCGCAGGCACAAGACAGUGGAGAAAACCGUGCGUAUGCUGCAGUUUGAAAACAAUAUCCAGGUUCCGGCAGACUACCUCGCGGACUUCAGACAGGCGGAGCUUACUUUCUUGUAUCAGCGAGUCUAUUGUCCGGAUGCCAAAAGACUUGUGACUCUCACUGCUCCGGAAGACGGUAUCAACCUCGACGAACUCCCAUUCAUCGGCGCAGACGUGGCUGGAGAAAUCGCGGCGGGCGUGGCAUGCGGUGACUUGGAUCCAACGACCAAAAAACCGAUUGUUUUGAAACCGUUGGCUCGAGGUAAACAUUCUUUGGGAAUCACUCGUCGUCAGACUUUGGGUUCGUCCUCCGAGCUGAAGUCAAGCAAGCCCAUCAGUUCAAUCUUCACACCCAAGCGAGUACCUCUGGGCGAGUUGGACCCGAACAGUCUCACUCCUUCUCCCAGUCAACAACGCCUUCUGGAGCGGAAUGUGAACAAUUCCUGGCAAGCCAGUUCUGCUCCUUAUCGCUCGACUCUUAACCGAUCCACCCCAGUCCGAUCCAUGUCUGAUCAACACCGCAGUCCUUUGAUUCGGAGCCUUGAACGUCAAACAGUCUUGGCUCAGACUGCGAAUACCACUGGUCAACCCAUGAAACGUCAAAGACUCUGUUCUGAACAAGAUGAUGAUCAGCUUCCCGUUCGCCCAGCCUCGCUCAGUCGAUUCUUUUCCUCAAAGCCCGAUCUAGCCAGCCCAAGCGGACACAAAGCUACGCGAAGCAAGAAGCAACGACAGUCUCAUCUUGGGAUCUUUUCUGACGAGCUGGCUGAGGAUAUUUUUGCUGAGAUCGCAGAUCCAUCAUCGCAGUCCGAUAAUGCAGGCUCCGUCGAAUCUUCUGCUGGUAGUCAAAACUCAACGCAAACCCAGACUGUGGACGAGGAAAAGUCUGCGGUGAAGACGAAGGAAAUCGAACUUCCCCCUAAGGAGGAGCCGCCACAUGUGAGCAAUGAGGUCUCUCAGGACCAAGAUUUCGAACAGGCAUUGAGCUACCACGUUGCGCGACAAAAUUCGCAGGUCUUGUCCAAAUUCACCUUUACAGGCGGACCGAACAAUACUGUAUCCCAGUCAACGGCUUCUAAAAUACCCGUGUUCGAAUCUGGCAGCCGACACACAGUGCCGGCGACUGCACGAACGCCUCAAACGAACCUGGCGGCACUGAAUCGGGGUCUCCCGCGCCAGCGGCUUACUCCACUGCAACGUCUUGGACAUACCGCCUUAAAACGAUGUCAGACCAUCGAUGAUCCGACUAAGGUCCCGCGGAGUGCAAUGAGCGAUCCGCAGGUUGAUCGAAUGUCUUAUUUACAAUCAUCUGCGCUUGUUGAAGGCGCCCAGGGUAGUGAAGAUCUUAUCGUUCCACAGAGCGACGAUGAUGAUGAAGACGACCGUCUUACCUUUGCUGAGCAGACUACAACUUUGGAUCUGAAACGCUUCGCUUUUACAGCAAGAUAA